AUGAACGAGUAAGUUCACGUUUCUAAAGUGCCAUUUCUUUUAACGAGGUCCGUUAAAUGACGAUUGUUCUUUCAGUUUAUGCGAAAAUUAAUUAUUCAACGAGAGACAAUAAGCACCCACUAAACGUUAAACAGAUUUUCGAGACUUUUGGGGAAAUUACACGAUUAAAGAAUAUUAAUUUUUUACUUCUAAUAUAAUUUCUUCUGAUACUGAUAACUAUUAAUAAUGCUAGAUUUUCCUUUUCUAAUUAGUUUCAAGUAUUAAUAUGUAUAACAGCAGAUGAAAGAAUUUUUGUAAUUCAAUAAUUUCUGUAUUAAAUAUUACAAUUACCCCGUGUAAUCUAAUUUUUUAAAAUUAUGUUACAGUGUUUUCUCUCUCUUUUUCUUUCUUCCUUUCUCUCACUAUGCAAUCAUUGACGAAAUGACAUAUUGUCCCUCUUUAAUUUUUUAAAACUGCACGUCGACCACACAUCUUAAACGCUGUUGAAAGAUAAUACUCCCAUAACAUUUAAUAAAUUUAAUAAAUGAAACGAAAUUAAUAAUGACAAUUAAUAAUCCAACAAAAAAAAAAAAAGAAGGAGGAAAAGUAAAUCACCGAAGAAUUAGAAUUAACAUUCUUACAGGCGAAUCGCGAUUGGUUACACGAUUUUAGUGGAGGUGGCCGCGAUAUCGAUAUUCGUGAGAUCGUUCUUCACAGAUUUCAAGAAGAGGAAAUUGACUUUCCGGGCAUGGUUACCCUACGAUUAUUCGGAAUUGUUGCCAUACGCGUUCAGUUACGCCUACGAAGUUACCACUUCGAUGCUGUGCUCUUGCCAGAAUGUCGCCUGUGACACUCUGUUCGCUGGUCUGCUGAUCCAAAUUUACAGCCAGUUCGAGAUACUCAAGGAACGUCUGAUAAACAUUCAGAAAGACGAGAAUCACUCGGCGAAGCAAUGCGCCAAACAUUAUCAACAGAUAUACAAGUUCGUCUGGAAUUUUUCUUCCAAUGGAUUGUGUAAUAAAUUCAUUUGCCUUCCGAUGGUACGUUUAUUCACAUUUUCUAGACUGGUGAACGAGAAAUUCAAAAUAAUAGUUUUCUUGCAAUUUUGUACGAUCGCAUUCACGUUGUGCUUCAACCUUUAUCGAAUGACCAACAUAACGAUGGUUUCUAAAUUUCUGGAGGCAUCGCUCUAUUUAAUUCGCAUUAUCGCGCAGAUAUUAUACUACUGUUGGUUCAGUAACGAAGUGAAACUGAAGGUUUGUCAUCGAAACGAAAGAGAAAGGACAGAGUUUCCUCCGUUGUUAUUAAAUAGUCUCGAAGUGCCUAAUAUGAUAUUUAACAGUAAUUGGACAUCGUGGGAUGAGAAGACGAAGAAGAUUUUGUUACUCGUCAUGACACGAACAACACGGCCUAUCGAAUUCACCAGUGGCUACUUGGUAACGUUGAAUAUCGAGUCUUUCGUGGCGGAUACGCGAGGAUAAAGAAAAAUUUCACAUUUCGACGAUGCGUAUACUGCGUUGGACAUUCCUGUUGUUCACGUUGUGCGGCUGUUUCCCACCCCCGUCGUGGAAGACACCCCUGAAAAGAUUCAUCUACAAUAUUUACGCGGCGUUCUCGUUCCUGGUCUUGAAUAGUUUCUUUCUCUCCCAAAUAUUGGACAUGGUAUACAACGUGGAAAGUACAGACGAUUUCAGCGACAAUUUCUCCGUGACGGUGGUGGUGUUCGUCACGUCCCUCAAGCUUUUCACCAUACUGAUAUUCCGCGAGAACUUUCUGCUUUUAUGCGACACGCUGCGGAGAGAACCACUAUUGCCGAUGAACCCUGAAGAAUUCGACAUUUCGUUCAAAUUCGAAAAAAUUACCAAUUUGAACACACUUGGUUACAUGACCUUACUCACGGUCUCUGACUUCUGUAUACUCGUACUGUCGCUACUGACGAAUUUCAAGCGGAGAAAACUGGCGUUUCGAACGUGGAUACCGUUCGAUUACUCGUCUGCAUCUGCAUAUUUGCUUACCUUCGCCUAUCAGUGCCUAUUCGCGAUAAUAUGCACGUUCGGCUGCGUCGCUAGCGAUACUCUGUACAGCGGCCUAUUGAUACACAUUAAUUGCCAGUUCGAUAUAUUGGAGCAUCGUCUGAGGAACAUCGAAUCGAACGAGAAUUACUCCGUGAAUCUGUGUGUCCGUCAUCAUAAUCACAUAUACAAAUUCGGCGAAAUGGUGAACGAAGAAUUCAGGACGAUCAUGUUCUUUCAAUUCUGCACGAGCCUGUCGAUGAUCUGUUUCAAUUUCUAUCGAAUAACGCAAAUCGAGAUGGACUCGAGAUUCGUCGGGACGAUCCUCUACAUGACCUGCUCGUUGAUGCAGAUAUUUUAUUACUGUUGGUUCAGCAACGAGGUCAAGCUCAAGAGUAUGGAACUUUCUGACAUGAUAUUCAGAAGCGACUGGACGUCAUUGAAUAUCAACGUGAAGAAGGCUUUCCUGAUGUUGAUGAGGCGUGCCAUGAAACCCAUUGAAUUUACCAGUAUCUAUAUUGUCUCCGUGAAUCUCGAGUCCUUCAUGGCAGUCAGUAUCAGGGGAGACAUGCAUGAACCAUUAUGUAUUUCCGGGACAAAUUCGACCCUUUCUUCGUCUAUUGAUUUCGUGUAUUGCCUUCCAUCGGCUAGUUGGUACUCCACAAGAAGGAAGAGGAUGCACAGACUUCCUCUGUCGUUCGCGCUGCUCACCAUCGCCGGCUACUGGAGACCAACAAAAUGGCCGGCCAGUUCGCUCAAAUCUCGGCUGUACAACGUUUACUCGGUGUUGAUGAUCUCGAUACUGUAUUUCUUCGCCUUCUGCAUCUGCGUGGAUUCGUUCACCAGCAAGAAUCUCAAGACCAUGUCUGACAAAUUCUCUCUGUGCGUCUCGGUGGUAGGCGUCUGUCUGAAAGUGGCCAAUCUCUUUCUUCGACGAGAGAAGAUCAUAAACGUGAUGAAUAUUCUGUUGAACGAGAAUUGCUUGGCGAGAGACGAUCAGGAGAUGCUGAUCCAACGGAAAAGCGACAACCAUGCCAGAAAACUAGCGAUACACUGCGAGAUCCUGAACGAAUCGACAGUGUUCUUCGCAACAGUGGGUCAGUAUAAGAAGCUCAUAAGCACAAGAGGGUUACCGCUGUCGGACUGGAUGCCCUACGAUUUAUCCUCUACUGAACUAUACACGGUGUCGCUGGUGUAUCAAACGAUUGGCCUGAUGAUCUGUGCAAAUGCCAGCGUAGGCAACGAAACGUUGAUCGCAGGAUUGAUGAUACAGAUCGGCGCGCAUGACGGCGAUGAGAAACGACAGCGUGUCUCACGAAGAGUUCAAGAUAAGAUGCAGGAGAAUUCUCGAACGUUUGGUCAAACAUCACCUCGAAAUUUACGAGUAAAAGAAACAGACGCGACUACUUCUCAGAAACUUCGAAAUUUCGAAAGCUCGAAAUCUCGAAGAUUCGCUGAAACGGUGAACAACGUGUUCCAAUACAUGAUCUUCUUGCAGUUCUCCAUAAGUUCGGUGGUGCUGUGCCUGAGUAUCUACAAGCUGUCUACGAUAGACCCGUUCAGUAUGAACUUCGCUUGGGUCGGCUCCUAUUUGUGCUGUAUGCUCAUGCAGAGCAAGAAAGUAAGCGACGCUAUUUAUGAAAUGGACUGGACGACACUACCUGCUGACUUAAUGAAGGAUUUACUACUGAUGUUAGUAAGAACCAAAAGACCUGUUAAAAUGACCAGUGGCCACGUUGUGGUUCUAUCCGUCGAAUCUUUCACGACAGUUAGUAGAACUUCAAUAUUUCCAAUAGUCGAUACGAAAAUAAUUAAACGGCAAUUCUAACGACUCUGUUUUGCAGAUCAUGAAAAUGACGUACUCCUCGUACAAUCUCCUGUCGAAUUCUACGAGCAAAUAA